AUGCUGCUAUGGCUGCUGCCGCUACUGCUGCUGCUGCUGCUGCUGCCCCCACUGGCCAUGCUGUGGCAGCAGAGGUCUCGGGAUGCCAGGCCAUCCUGGCUGAUCCGCCUCCAGCACCAGGUGGCCUGGGGGGCACUGGGCUGGGCAGCCGCCUGGCAGCAGCGAAAACUGGAAGAGAGCACGCGGCACGUGGGCCAGAGCCAGCAGCGGGCACUCAUGUGGUGUCUGAAGAGAGCCCAGAGUCCCUGCUGUCUCCCCAGGGGGGAUACAGACAUAAGCACCUUCCGGAAUCAUCUCCCACUGACCAAAACCAGCCAAGCCCAGGGGGAAGAAAGUGAAGAGAAGCACCUGCCCCCUGCUUUACCCCAGUACCAUGGAGAGGCAUCUCUGCAGGCCACCCUGCUGGGUCUAGUAACCCUAAACAAGGCCUACCCAGAAGUGCUGACUCCAGGAAGCACUGCCUGUGUGACCCCUACAUCCCCAUGGCCCAGCCCUGUCCCCUGGCUCGGGCAUGCCCUGGGCCGGGUAAGCCCCCUUGGAGCCAAGGACUCUCGGACCCUGCUGCUGGAGGCACUGGUAUCCCCAGGGCUGAGGGCACUGGAGGCCAGGACUGCAGGGGAGCUCCUGGAUGUCUUUGUGGGCCUGGAGGCAGAAGGCAAAGAUCUGGCUAAGGCCAUAGCAGCCGGGAACCUAGGAACAACGCCUCUUCCCAGAAGAGCAGCCGAACUGCAGGAAGCCCUGGAGCAGGGACCCCGAGGAUUGGCCCUUCGGCUCUGGCCAAAGCUGCAGGUGGUGGUGACUCUGGAUGCAGGAGGCCAGGCAGAAGCUGUGGCUGCCCUUAGGGCCUUGUGGUGCCAAGGGCUGGCCUUCUUCUCUCCUGCCUAUGCGGCCUCUGGAGGGGUGAUGGCCCUAAACCUGUGGCCAGAGCGACAAGGAUUCUACCUUCUUCCCCCUGGAGUCCCCUUUAUUGAGCUGCUUCCAAUCAAGGCAGGCACCCAAGAGGAGGCGCCCUCCACUCUCCUUCUUACUGAUGUCCAGAGGGAGGAAGAGUAUGAGCUGGUGCUGACUGACCAAGCCGGCCUGACCAGGUGCCGCCUGGGAGAUGUGGUACAGGUGGUUGGUGCCUACAAUCAGUGUCCUGUUGUCAAGUUCACCUGCAGGCUGGGACAGACCCUGAGUGUUCGAGGAGAAGUUACUGAUGAGAAUUUAUUCUCUGCGGCCCUGGCCCAAGCAGUGGAGCAGUGGCCAGGGGCCAAGCUGUUGGACCAUGCCUGUGUGGAGAGCAGCAUUCUGGACUCCUGUGACGGUUCUGCCCCACACUACGAGGUGUUCGUGGAGCUGAGGGGAUUGAGGAAUCUGUCAGAGGAAAAUCGAGACAAGCUUGACCACUGCCUUCAGGAAGCCUCCCCUCACUACAAGUCCUUGCGGUUCCGGGGCAGUGUGGGUCCUGCCAAAGUUCAUCUGGUGGGGCCAGGGAGCUUCAGAGUACUCCGGGAAGCACUAGCAACCUGCCCCUCCUCCUUCCCUCCGGAAAUGCCUCGGGUCCUCAGGCUCAGACACCUGGCCCAGCUCCUGCAGAAGAGGGUGAUAUCCUAACCAAGGCAACCAUCGCCAGGUUUCCCUUUGCCUCCUCACUCCUUCCUUGGGGGUAUCUCCAGAUGUUGAGCCCUGGACUGGACAUCACAUAAUAUUGGCCCAUCAGAGCCACUGGCCUUAGGGAGGCCUUGGACUCAUUGGCUGGUAUUAAGGUGGAGGCUUUGGCGUACAGCAGAACCCAGCAGUGCCCUAUGACUGACUGUCCCUUCAGCCUACCCUACUUGACACUGCUGAGGAGUUCUAAUGCACCUCGGUGGCUUCCUGUAUCUCAGCCCGUCUCGUGUGCUGGACCAGGGUACAGCGUGGGCUGAAAGUGUAGGUGAUGUUCCCAGAGUGGCCCCUUCGGGAGCAGGAGCAAAUGAGCAAAGAUCAUCUUCUCAUGAUCUGAGGUAUAUCUUGCACAAUCUCCUGAAAGGGUGAGACUGUAGCCCACAGGAGUAAUCCAGUGUUUAAUAUUCUUCCUACCAGCUCUCCUUCCUUCCCUCCCAUCCUUCCCUCCCUUGCCCAUUUUAUCAUUUGGCUCCCUGGAUCAACUCCCAAAUAAAAUUCUUUUCAAAAUA